AUGCUGCGAGAUAUUAUAAUAAUCGGCUCCGGCAUAACGGGCCUUUCGACCGCUUUAUCACUCUCCCACCACCUCUCCUCCGCAGUCCCAGACCUCCGCAUCACCAUUUUCGAACGCCACUUCAUCCCUUCGACGUCCGGCGGAGCAAUUGGCUUGUCGCCCGUUGCACUUCGCUAUCUUGAUCAUUUGGGCGUAAUGGAUGAGCUCGCGCACCUGGGACCAGAGGCCGGCGCGGAUGUUGAUGGCAUCGAGGUAUUUUCGGCGCGGACGGGCAAGAGUCUUGGACAGGUUGACUUUGCUGGGAAGAACGGGGUUGGCAUACACAGUGAUAAAGGACCAUUAGAAUGCCAAAAGACAUACAAAGGCGCGCGUCUCCCGCGAAUCAACCUAACGCUCGCCAUGAUAUCCGCAGUCGAGAAGCGGCCAAACAUAAAAAUCGUCUACGGCAAGAAACUCUCGCACGUCAGCUCCCUAGACGACGAGGACAAAGUCGAAAUCCAUUUCGACGACGGAUCGCGCGCCACAGGCGAUUUACUUCUCGGCUGCGAUGGCGUGCACUCCGCCACACGCCGCAACUUCAUCGACCCCGGUCACGAAGCUGAAUACAGCGGAUUCACGCUCGUGCAAAGCACGAUUCCCACAGCUAGUCUCCAAACCUCGCCACAUUUCCGGGCGACAUCGUUGAAUUUCUCGAAAUCGGGGACGAUGCUAAUGACCUUUUGCGAUAAAUUUCAUCAAGAGAUGUUUGUGUCGGUGAUGUUGGAGUGUCGUGAGGACGCGGUGGGGGAUUAUGUAGUUGUUAGUAAUGAGGAGAGAAAAAGGAUCAUUAGAGAAUCACUGGCGCGGGAAGUACGGAUGAGAUACGGCGAUUCGGCGAUUCCGUGUAUCAGAGAGACCGUUUCGCGGCCAGACAUUGACUGGAUGAUGUAUCCGAUCUUUCAAGUGCCACUCGGCGGGCGGUGGUAUACUGAUAAAGCGAUACUACUUGGUGAUGCGGCGCACGCUAUGCUCCCCCGUGACGAAUCCGCCGCAUACGCCAUCGACGACGCCAUCGUGCUCUCGCGUGUUCUGGCUGAAUACAUCGCCUACCCGCUAACUAAAGCCUUUGAAGUCUACGAAUCCAUGCGGCGUGACGAAGUCACGCACGCAUUCAAAGAAUCCCGUAAGUUGUGGAAGCGCCGCAACAAAGAUGCGGGGGCAUUUGAGUCUUGGGUCCGUGAGCGUCUUGUGCCGUUGCAGUUGCGACAAACAGAGGCGUCGCGGCAGGCGGCGUUCAAGGCGGAUGCGAGUAGAAUUGAGAUUCCGUCGCCAAUCACGAGGUUGGGGACGGGGAUGGGUUCGGGGCAGUCGUCCGGGAGGUCGAGUCCGGCCAGCUUGAGGCCGUUUUCGAAGGCAGGGUCGUCGGCAUCGUCGGGGAGCGAGAUGAUGCCGAUUGGGUUGAUGGAUAUGUCGGGGUUGGCGAUGAGAUGA